CAGAAAGAACAGUCAAAAUGCAGGCAGGGCACAGGACAAAGCAGUAGGGACAAAAUGUAUGUGAAAUGACAUUUUUUUUUAAAUUUGCCGCCAGUUCCGGCGCCUGUACGUCCCGACGUCACAGGGACCGGAACAUGGAAGCCGGAUGCCGGCAUCGGCCGGAGGAGAUGGCCGGGGACGCUGCAGGGGACGCAUAGCGGGAGCGAAGGACAAGGUAAGCGCUGCAGGGGAUCCCUAUGCAACGCUGCAUGGUAAGCCCAAGUGUAGCUCGGGGUUACCGAUUUGGGUACUGAAA